GUGUUUUGGUGUUCGGUGAUGACGCGAACGCAUCAACGCAACGCGCGUGUUACAUUCGAUAUAGCCUCUAGAGCGAUAGCUGCGUGUCACCGUUAGUGCGUGCGGCAUACAGCACCAAAAGUGUCGCCUGAAAAUUAAGUGAAAGACAAUGUAGUGAAGUUUCAAUAAUUAGAGUGUUAGCAUCGGCAGUUGAUUUUGACGCCAUAAUUUAGUGAACGACACGCAUGUGUUGCUUGGGUAGACGAAGCGAAGUUCUACAACAAUAAAUUGUAAGGAAAAAUGUUAAUUUGUUUGCAAGUGCAGCAUUAAGUAUGUGUGUUUAUUGAAGGCUGUAGGUGCAAGAUAAUUAAAUGCUAAUAAAAUACAUACAUACAUACAAAUGUUGAAUAUAUAACAAAUUUAUGGAAACCAGAAAGAAGUGCGAGUGAGAAAUUUGCACAAAGGAAUAAAAUACAUGCGUGCUACAUGAUGUUGCAUGAAAGAAAAAUAAACAUAUCAAGUGAAAAUAAAUAAAAAUACACACUUAUACAUACAUACAUAUCUGCAAAGUUUGCCAAAGCGACAAGAAGAAAACAGCAACAAACGAAAAAGUCGAGUUAACUCCAAUUAGAAUAUGCUAACGUCUUAAGCCACACGUGUGUCGUGUCUACGAAAUUCCUCGAGUUGCUGCUAUGGAAAGUUAAUAAACAUGUUUAAACGAACUUAGACGACAGCUUCGAUCAUCGAAAUAAAAAAGGACAUUCAAAAGAUUAACAACAAAACUACCGAAUGCCAUAAAAAAUAAUUAUCGUGAAGAGUGAAAACGAAACUACGCUUACAUCUCGAUUAAGUUGAGUGAGUCUACGCUAGCUGGAGCUGACUGCAACGCGCCUUAUCGCACUCCUUGUCACGCUAACCGACAGCCUAUUGGUCUUGAGCUCAACGCGGCUGUUGUUGUUGUGGUUGGAUUCAUUACUGUGGCCAGUGGAAAAAACUGUCAUCAAAGUGUAAUGAUAAUGUUAACAAUGUGGAAAAUUUUUAUUGCGUUCACAUUGGUGACGUUGCGCGCGACAUUUGUGGCAGCACGCUUGCAUUCGUCCAACAGUCUGAUGCUGCAUGCAGCCGGAAUUGGCGGCGGCAGCGGUGGCAUUGGUGGCCUGACUGGCGGCUCGUUAACCAACAAAGAUGCGCACGUGAAAACAAAAGACAUCGAUGCCGUGGAAGGCAAAUCCGUCUCCCUGCCAUGUCCGAUCAGUGCACCGCUGAGUGACGUUUACAUGGUCUUAUGGUUCCGCGAUAAUGCUGGUAUACCGUUAUACAGCUUUGAUGUACGCGAUAAAGUGAAUAACGACCAACCGCGGCAUUGGUCAGCGCCGGAGGUGUUCGGUUCUCGUGCCAAAUUUCACUUCGAUUCACAGCCGGCAACAUUGGAAAUUAAGGAUAUCAAACGACACGACCAAGGUGUUUACCGCUGCCGCAUCGACUUCCGUACAAGUCAAACGCAAAGCUUCCGCUUCAACCUCACCGUGAUAAUACUUCCCGAACAGCCAAUUAUAUUGGAUCGCUGGGGGCGACAGCUGAAUGGCACGCUGCUCGGACCGAAGCAGGAAGGUGAUGAUAUUGUUAUCACGUGUCGUGUGGUGGGAGGUCGCCCUCAACCUCAAGUACGCUGGCUCGUAAAUGGACUACUUGUCGACAAUCAAUACGAACACAAUUCCGGCGAUGUUAUCGAGAAUAGGCUACUUUGGCCGUCGGUUCAACGGACUGAUUUAAAUUCCGUUUUUACUUGUCAAGCAUUGAAUACACAAUUAGAUAAGCCUAAGGAGAAAAGCUUUUUGCUUGAUAUGCAUUUGAAACCGCUGACGGUGAAAAUAAUUGAGCCACCCAAUUCGAUGGUGGCGGAUCGUCGCUACGAAGUCAUAUGUGAAUCAACCGGUUCACGUCCGAACGCCAUCAUCACCUGGUACAAGGGGAAGCGGCAAUUGCGGCGCACAAAGGAUGACAUCUCAAAGAAUGUUACCCGCUCUGAGCUGAGUUUUGUGCCCACCACAGAUGAUGACGGCAAAUCCAUAACUUGCCGCGCUGAGAAUCCAAAUGUGAAUGGCCUUUAUUUGGAGACAAUGUGGAAGUUGAAUGUCGUAUAUCCACCAUUAGUGACGCUGCGACUUGGUUCCACCCUCACACCUGAUGAUAUUAAAGAAGGAGACGACGUAUAUUUUGAGUGUCACGUACAAUCGAAUCCUCAAUGGCGGAAGCUCUUGUGGUUGCAUAAUAACAUUCACCUCGAGCACAAUACUUCCGCUCGCGUCAUACGCUCCAAUCAGAGUUUGGUACUGCAGAAAAUCACCAAACACUAUGCAGGAAAUUAUGCUUGCAGCGCCAUCAACGACGAGGGUGAAACUGUCAGCAACCAACUACCGCUGCGUGUAAAAUACACACCUGUUUGCAAGCAUUUGGAUCGUGUCAUACUAAUUGGCGCCUCAAAGGAUGAAACUGUCGAAGUCACGUGUGAAAUACAAGCGGAUCCGCCCCCCAGAACUUUUCGUUGGAAGUUCAACAAUUCGGGUGAAACAUUGGAUGUUGGCAGUGAACGAUUUAGCGUAAAUGACAGCAGAAGUGUGCUCAAGUACACACCCAUAUCGGACCAGGAUUACGGCACUCUAUCCUGUUGGGCUUCCAAUGAAGUUGGUACACAAAAUCAGCCUUGUCUGUUCCAAGUAGUGCUGGCGGCCCUGCCCAAUGGCGUUUCAAAUUGCUCCAUCGUUAAUCGCACGGAUGUCAGUGUCGACAUUCAAUGCAUUCCCGGCUAUGAUGGUGGAUUACCACAGAUUUUCGUACUCGAGAUGUUCUCUGCCCGCACAGGACUAACAAGAUUUAAUUUGACAAACGUUGAGGAGCCACAGUUUUCUCUGGAAAAUCUCGAUACAUUGACAUCAAUGAUGACACAGGAGAACAACUCACUGAAAUUGCGUAUUUAUGCUUACAAUCAGAAGGGCCGUAGUCCUUUGUAUCUGCUGUCGGAUUUCAUUAUUGGCUCGUCAGCAUACAAAUCAGCAGAUGAGGUAUCCAUUACGCUUUCGCCGGUGCUGGUUGGCAGUGGUCUUACCGUUGUCAUCAUUAGUUUGGCCAUCAUUGUGCGCAUAUUCAUUGUAACAUUUUUGCAUAAUUUGCGACGCAAUCAGCAGCACAGCAACAAACCUAUAGCGACCGGUGUGGCAGCGCAGGCUGGUGAUGUGCUGAAGUGCGGUGGCAUGGAAAAACCGCGUUGGCAGCAUACGGACAUUAAAACUAAAUCAUCCGAAGAUCUGGUGGAAGAUGAACGAGAUCCGGAUGUCAUACCAUCCCAAUACGUUACGGCUGGCAAUAGUAAUGGCGUCGGCGGGGGUGGUGGCAGCAGCGGAGGGAGCGGCAACGGCAGUAGCAACAGCGGUGGCGGUGGCGGCAGCAGCGGAAGUGGCAACGCGGGCAGUUCUGAGCUACACUUCACACCAAUAGCAGCCACAAAGUGGUCACCAAAUUCCAAACAGCACCUUCCUGCAACCGCAUAUGACAACAUCACGCAGCUCGUCGCUGCUAAUCAAAUCACAGCACGUACAACACAUCUACUCUCGGGCCCAACUACAGAUCCCAAUGGCAGUAGCAGUAGUGUCAUAGUCAAUGCUGUGGACACUGGCUUACUGCAUCACCAUCAACAGCAGCAGCAGCAGCAGCAGUUGCUGAACGCAAAAGCAGCAGGAGCCGGAGUCGGAGCCGGAGCUGGAGCUAGUGCUGCAACGGUUGUCACAGCGACCCAUUCAGCGAAUGGCCUAAAUGAGGCACUAAUCGGUUCGCCCACCGCCGCGUACAAUGCCACCCACCAGCAGCAACAGCAGCAACAACAGCAAUUGCAUGGCGCUGGCAGUGGCAGUGGCGGCACGUUGCCACCCGGUUUGGGCAGUGGCAGCGCUUACAUACUCAACAGUCUCAUCAAUAGUAAUGAGAGUUGCAAUAGCAACGGUAGCAUCAGUGGCAGCAACGGUGGACUGCAUCAUAAUGUAGUUGGCGGCACUAUAGGUCGUGCAACAAUGCUGCAUCAUCACCAACAGCAGCAGCAGCAGUCACACCAUCCGCUACCCGUGCCACAUCCACUCGCAUACAAUACACUCGCCGGCACAACGGGUGUGAGUGCCAGUGGACGCCACCAUCAUAGCGCAUUGCCGUCGAUGUUGCUCACCUCACAGACGUCGGCGUCGUUAAGUGGGAUCGGACUGUUACUGAAUGCCAGCAAUAAUAAUAGCAGUAGUAGUGGUGGUGCCAGCGGCCUGGGGCUGAGUAUGACGGGCGCGGCAACGGCAUCUGCGGCCUCUACAGCAACGACGUCCUGCAAUUCGUCCAGCGACUUGGAUGACAACAUAAAUAUAAAUGCCAUCAAGGAUUGCUUAAUGACACAGCGUGUGCCCGAAAGCUGCGUCUGAGCUGGCAAUUUAUGCAGUGCGCCGAGAAAGGCGCCAAGCAAGUCCUACAAGUGUGUGCUGCGACGUGAAGUCACUGUUGUACGAACUCUCGUAAAGUGGUAUGUAUGAAUGUGUGCCGCAAGCAAGUGUAUGCCGUGUAUUGAAAAAAAAUAAAGACAAAGUACGAAAUGUAUAGUGAAAAUGCUUACAAAGUAAAAGUAUGAGGCAUGAAAAUUUGUAAUGAAAUAAGUAAAGGUAUACCAAUAAGUCCAUACCAGUAAAUAUAAAUAGAUAUGUAUGAAGGUAUAACAAUGAAGUUGUGCUAUUAAGCUAUAUUGGCUACGUGGCUCUGAGCUGCUACCUGCUUCAGUACGUCCUUGACAAAUUGUAUUAGGCAUUAAGUGCAGUUAGAUUGAUGAGCGAGUAAAAAGUUUCCCUGCAAUUAGCACCAGCGCUGCAAGAGAUACUGACAAAUUCUUGCGGACGAAUGAUUAAGUAGAGUUAGCAAUUUCAUUUCUCAAAAUUCUAAACAAACUUAAAUAAUCUGCGACAUCAACUCUGAAUAAUGCACAGCAAUCACUGCGGUGCGCUCGUUUGAUUGACAACUUCUACCGCAUUAUCUUCGUAGCCUUCAGAAAAUAUUAAAAUUUUAAUAAUGUUUAGCUUUCAGUAUCAAUCGGCAGAUUCUACCAAAGAGAGUGCACUUACUAUACUCAUAAAGUAUGUUGCUUUAAAAUUGUAGUAGCUCGACUGGCAGAUUUCUGAGUCUUCAAAAAUAUAAUUUAAAUGAGUCAACCAUUUUCAGGACGUAAUAUAAUAAUUCACAAAUUCGUAAAGUAUAUGUUUUGUUAAGAGAUUAUUCUAAAUAUGUCAAUAAAAAUGUCAUCAAAUCGUGUAGAAGCAGAAAGAAACAAUUCCAUAUUCAACAAAAUUAACUUUCAAAUGUUGAAAAGCUUUUCUUCUGUAUUGCUCUAGAUAACGUCAUAUUAUAUUUAUACCCGAAACAGGGUAUAUUAAGUUUGUCGCGAUGUUUGUAACACCCAGAAGGAAACGUUAUAUACACGGUUCGUACGGAAAGUAAUAGGACUGAGUCGUUUUAAAAAAAUCUAUUGAACCAAUCGUUACAACUCUUUAAAAACUUUCAAAUUAGGCUCCUUCUGCGUCGGUGCAACGCUGCCAGCGCGAUUUCCAAGCAUUGAAGGCGUCACGGAAGGCAUUCUCCGGAACAGCCUUGAGAAGCGAAGUGCAUGAUGCUUGGAUCCCCUCUGUCGUCUCAAAAUGCUUGCCUUUCAUCGGCCUUUUCAGGCAAGGAUACUCAAAAUCCAUAACUCGUCACACGUGAUUACGUUAAUCAAAAAAUAAAAUGGGUGUCACUUUCAUACAUGUUCAUGCCCUGAUCGGGGUAUACAAAUAAGCUUGUCUCUUCAUUUUUCUUUCUGACCAUUCACAGUAGUAAAGCUAAUCGAUAAUAUGCAAAACAAAACUUAGUAGCAUUGAAGCCAGCGGCUUUACGACUCUCAAGAGGUAUCCCUUUACUCUCUUACACGAAUUCAAUUCGAUAAUUUUGUUGUUGCUUUCGGUUAUAAUUUUUAUUACAAGAGAGCAGAAACGAGUAGAGAAACGGUGAAUCGAAGGCAACUCAUGUAAGCUAUGAAAAUAGAUAAACUGACGAUUGGUUCAUUUAAUGACAGAGUUUGGUAAGAUCAGUUUAUCAUCGGUGAUCAUAAAUUAUUACAUGUUAUAUGACCAAAAAUGUCCACUUAAAUCUUCUUGCAAGAGCAAUUGUUUUCACAUGUUCCACUUAUAAAAGGAUUAUCAAAAGGUAAGAAUCUUCAGUCAUCGCGAGCUUUUCAGUAUUUAUUGCAUAAACUCUCAACUGACUAAGGAUGGUUAAUACAGCUGCUUAGACUAAAUUGAAAAAAUAUGUUGAAAAAUAUAUUUUGAAACAUGAAAUUGAAACAUAAUGAAUUUAAAAUAAAUUAUGUAAACACUAAAUAGACUACGUGAGUAAAUAGUAUGAUAAUAUUGUAAAUAGGGCAAUUACUAGUUAGUAAUAUGUAUAUGUAAAAUAAACUAAUAGUAAACAUUGUGCCACAUAUUGUAAAUAUAAAUAUUUAUUUUAAUAAUAUAUAAAAAGGCGGUUCUAAUCUAAAAAGGAAAUUUUAUUUCAAAAUUCUAUAAGAACAUUUAAAAAUUAUUACCUAAUUGCUAAAAAAGUUCAUUUGAAACAACUCUAAAAUAUGAAAAGAAAUAAGGCAGCAUAUAUGCACAUAACUUGUUAAUAAAAAACUUUAAAGGUACACACACUUUAGUUAAAAUAUUCAUAUCAGCAAGAAACUGUCACACCAUUCGAUUUGUCAAAGUUUCGAGAUUAGCGAAUCGAACAAACAAAAGCCACAAACGAAAUAAAGAGACCUGAGAGAAUAUGACAAGCGGUUAUUGUACUCUAAUGAGGCAAACACAUACUCUCUUGAGUUCCAUUCAACCGGUUAACUUUGCUGCUUCUUCCUCACAAAACAAAAGAGGAAAUCUUAAGUAUAAUGAGCAGGUAAGUGGCGAAUCGAAUGCGGCUUAAGUUAAUGAAGUACAUAUCCCUUAACAUAUCGUUUAUCAUGUCAAUAUUGAAAUGGCAUAGACUUUUUAAAAUUUAUAGAGUUAAAUUAUAUGUAUGUAUGUAUUGUUGAAUUUGUAUUGACUUUGUUAUUUUAAUUUUUAAAAAAUUAAUUAAAUUACCCUUUAAACACCAGAUUUCCAUCGAAAAUGGUUUUUAAAUCCCAGUUGUUAAUGUUUGCCAACAUUUUAAAGUUAAAUAGAAAAUUUUAUAAUUUAAAUAAAAGCGUUGUUCACUUAUUAAAAAAUAUUAUUUAAAAUUUUCAUUGCAAAAUUUCAGUUACUUUUCGUUACAAUUUGAAGGCGUAAUAAAUUAUAGCCAACUAUUUUGUAAUAAGUGUCUGUUUAUUAUAUUUCUUAAAAGUAAAAGUUAACUAAAAUAGUAUAUUAGAACAACCUGCAUCUCAGCCAGAAAAAUAUUAACUCACAGUGUUAAAAUUUUCGUAUAAAAUCUUAUGUGUUAAUAUUCGAAUACAUAUUUAUUCAGACCUAACAUUGCGACAAUUAUUUGACCGAUUUAAAAAAAAAAAACAAGAAAAAACGUUAACUUUAACCUAUAAUACCCUUCACAAAUAUGCAUUACAAGAGCUUUAUUCGGUCAAUUUGUAUGGCAUCUAUAUAUGUAUAUAUUGACUCAAACACACUGUUACCUUGGAUACUAACCCAUGCUAAAUUAAGUAACGAUAUCUCGUUAAAUGAAAAAGUUCUCCUUAUAAGCACUUUCUUGGGAUCGUACCGUUUGUAACUUCUUAGUGAGAAAAGAACUGGUGGAAAAUUUCAGAUCGAUAUCUCAAAAACAUAUAUAUGUAUACGUUCAUGGCUAAAUCGACUCAGCUCGUCAAGCAAAUCUCUUACAAUAUACUUUGAGAGAAAAAAGUACCCCGAAAUUGUAACUUAAAUUUCGCGGGUAAUUGAUAUUUUAAAAACAAAGUAUUUUGCUAAGUUGAUAGGACUGUCCUAUACCAAAUACAAGCUCGUUCUGUCAACGAGUUUGCUUACAGCAGCUGCUUAAGUCGGUACACCUCAGAAGUUCGUUGCGAUUUUUACAAUGUAUAAAAAUGAUGAACAACGAACUUGCCUCAAAUUUUGUUUUUCUAACCAAAUUUCGAGUACUGAAUCAUUUUAAAAGGGUUACAAUGAUUCAGUUUUAACGAAACCACAAGCCUACCAAUGGUACAAAGCCUUCAAAGAGGGUCGAGAGAUCGUUAAAGACAUGCCUUGUUCUGGACGACCUUCGAAGAUUGUUAGGCAAGUGUUAGAGAGAUGGCAAGAGAGAAUGAUUUUGAUGUAUAUUUUGGGUAUGAAACACGUUCUUGCCCGACUAGACCCGAUAUAGAUAAUUUUUUGUUUAAAAUAGUACCGUAAACAGGUAUCUUUGGACAUGCUUGAUCGUGCGUAUUCCGAUUCCACAUUCUUGGAGAGCAUUAUAACUGCCUACGAGACAUGGAUUUAUAAAAUUCAGAUGAAAACAAGUCAACGGUGAUCGGAAUGGAAGGAAAAAAAACAAGCCGAAACCAACAAAACCCCGCCAAAGCUGCCCCAAAAUCAAAUUGAUGCUAAUUGUUUUUUCGAUAGUCAUGAUUUGGUGCAUCAUGAAUUUGUUCCAGAGGUGCUGACGGUCAAUAUGGAGUUCUAUUUGGCCGUAUUGCGAUCGAAGUUAUAAUUUUUUUUAAUAUACUUAUCUAAUAGGCUUAACUGCUUUAUUACAUUCACCACUAAGUUCGUCUGAAUAAAUAUAUCGUUUAUAUAAUUUAAUAAAAAAAUUUUCGAAAUUAAUAUUUUUUUUUUCAAUAAAUUACCCCAGGCAUAUCAAUUUCAAAAAACGAUAUAAAAUUAAUUGCAUAAUUAAGUUGUUAUCACUUCUGCUGUCAGCGCGACUUAAAUAUAUUUAUACAAUUUCUAUUCACUACUUCUAGAUAUGUAACUAAAAUGUACAUUUAAAUGCUGCCGAUAUCUACAUAUUACAUUAAACUGCUAUGUUUAAUUUAAAGCUAAAUAAAUAAAUGGACUUCAAUUUGAAAUUAAUUUAAAUAGGCAUAAAUAUGAUAAUACCUUUACUUACAUACUACAUAGCACCUCUUAAAAGACUUGAAACUAUUGUAGGCUAGAAUUUGUUUACCGCAAACUAAGCCACAAUAAAUAUUAAAAAAUAUAUAACAUAUAAAUAUGGUAUUUUAAAAUAACAACAUAGACUAAAUAAGUUUUUAUAAAUAGCUAAAAAUGCAUUAAAAACAAAACAAAUAUACAUGAGUUUAUAUAUCGCAUGCGAUAAAAAAUGACAGUAAUGCAAAGCAUGUGAAAUUCGGGCCCUGAAAUGUGUCUGUAAAUAUUUGCGAGGCAUUUCGUUUUGCAUAAAUAAAUGCAACAACAAAUAUUUGCGAGUAAACCAAAUAAAAAAAACGUAAUAAUAAUAAUUUUAACCACACAAUAAAAAAACUUUUUAACUAAGCCUUUAAGCUGGGAAAUUGUGAAAAAAGAAAAACUAAAUAAAAUAUGUAGCUAUAUUAUAAAUCAAUAAUGCGUAGAAAAAGUAUUUAAUUGUAAACAAACAUAGCUAAUAGGAUGUGAAAAUAUGUACAUCAAUUACAACAACUAACUACUAAUAAGUGUAAUCAAACUGAAUUGUAAUUAUGAGCAUACAAUUACACCUGCAGUUACUGUCAUGAAUGGUAUUGCCCACUACCACUACCCAUGUAAUAUGUAUAUAUAAUACAACUUGUAGGUACAGUAUCGAAUGACAAAUAAAUUUGAAGCAAAAGUUGCGAAACCUACAAUUAAAUAGAAUUAUAAACAAGGAUAAAGAUAAAAAAAAACUAAAUUGCAUAUUAAAAAAUAAAAAAAUUUAAACAAAAAUAGAAAAUGCAAAAAAAAAAAAAAAAUGGCGUGCAUUACAAUGCCGGCUUAUAGAAAAUACCUACAUUCAUAUACUUAGUUUAGUAUGCCUAGUUUUAAAAAUUCCAACAUAGACACUAUUUAUUGCAAUAGCUACACUAUAAAUAUCGACAAAUCUGAUCUGGCAUUAGCUAAUGUAAAAUAAAGUAUAACAUUUUAAGUGACAUUGUAAAUUUUUUGUAAAUAGCCAGUGAUUGUAAAUUAAAUAGGCGGAAAUAAAAGUUUAAAAUGGAUAACAUAAAAUAAGACACUAUUAAAAUUACACAACUGUCGAAUGAUAUUGAAACUGUUAGUGUAUUAAAGAAGUUACCAUCAAGAAAUAAAUAGAAAUAAAUGAAAAUGCGAGUAUAAACAUUUUA